CCUAAGGCACUAUGUAGCAAACAUGUUUUACAAGAAAAAGUGUUACAUAAAGGAUGAAGUAUUAUUGAAAGAAAAAGAACGUGAAAAAGAAUAUUCCAUUGAACCAAGUUUUCUUACAUCAGGUCAAGAUAUGGAUGACAGUGAACCAUCAGUCACUCAAGAGCUGCCAAGUAAAGGUUCAAUGAAAUAUGAAAGUCACAUAGAAGACAUAUGCAAAUCACUAAGGAUGUUUAGUCAGGUCAUGAUCCUGCAUAUGAACGUAAUCUCAGAAUCAAAUGAGCAGAUCUUUCAACUGAUGAGUGAAAGAGUAAAGUGGAUAAACAUAAAGGAUUCAAUAACUGAAUUGAAGAAACAAUCAUCUGAAGACAUUGGUAAAAUGUUUGCUCAUGUUUUAAUUGCAGUACAAGAUGAAGGAAAUGUUUUAAUGGAAAUCCAUGAAUUAUGUACUAAUGAUAUUGUCAGUAGUUUAUCAACUGAAUGUAAGAAAUUAAAUUUCAAAUACAAUAUUACAGAAUACUUCUAUAGUUCCAAAUCAAUUAAUGUAUCAUUUUUAAUUCAUCUACUGUGUAGUGCACCAAUACUUCGGUUUCUUCAAUUAGAAUAUUGUGAUAUAAAAGGUGUUAAUGUGAAUGAGAUUGCUGAAGCAUUGUAUCAAGAAGGAGUUGUGGUGGAAUUAACAGAUCUUAAUAUCAGUGGAAAUAACCUCAGUGAUAUCAAAGGUUCCUCACUUGCCACUUUGCUUGCUGUAGCUCCUAAGCUGAAUGAUCUUGAAAUGAGAAAUUGCAGUAUCUCAGGUACUGUAAUGGAGGAUAUGUUUAAAGAGUGUUCUAGUAGGGGAGCUGUGUUGGAAUUAACCAACCUUAAUAUCAGUGGAAAUAACCUCAAUGACAUCAAAGGUUCCUCACUUGCCACUUUGCUUGCUGUAGCUCCUAAGCUGAAUGAUCUUUACAUGAUUAAUUGCAGUAUCUCAGGUGCUGUAAUGGAUGAUAUGGUUAAAGAUUGUUCUAGUAGGGGAGUUGUGUUGCAAUUAACAUGGCUUUAUAUCAGUGGAAAUAACCUCAAUGACAUCAAAGGUUCCUCACUUGCCACUUUGCUUGCUGUAGCGCCUAAGCUGAGUGUUCUUAACAUGAGUAAUUGCAGUAUCUCAGGUGCUGUAAUGGAUGAUAUAGUUAAAGAGUGUUCUAGUAGGGGAGUUGUGUUGGAAUUAAAAGGUCUUUAUAUCAGUGGAAAUAACCUCAAUGAAAUCAAAGAUUCCUCACUUGCCACUUUGUUGGCUGUAGCUCCUAAGCUGAAUUGUCUUGGCAUGAGUAAUUGCAGAAUCUCAUGUGCUGUAAUGGAUGAGAUGGUUAAAGAGUGUCGGAACCAGAAAGCUCAGAAAUUAACCUGUAGUCGACGUAGUAUCGACAGAGAAAACUAUUGUAGGCAAAGGCGUGUUGCUAACACUUUGAUUGAAGAGGCAAAGGUUGCUUACUAUUCUACUAAGAUUGCGGACUCCAGUGGUGAUCAAAAGAAACUAUUUGCAGUUCUUGAUGAGCUAAUGCAGAAAAGAACCACACCUGUAUUGCCAACCCAUGACUCCGAUAAAGCUCUUGCUGUCAGUUUUGCUGACUUCUUCGUCAACAAGAUUCAAACUAUCCGUGAUGCUUUGACUGUUAAUGAAAACCCCCUUGAAUUUGCUUUAGGAUCGGUUGAUGCUCCUGCAAAUAGACUCACUUUGUUGAAAUUAAAGCUUGCUGAUGAAGAUGAAAUUAGAUCAAUUAUUAGCAGUUCACCAUGCAAAUCAUCAUCUGACCUUGAUCCCAUCCCUACUACUCUGUUAAAGAGGUGUCUUCAUGUUGUUUUACCAUCUAUCACAUUAAUUGUCAAUAGAAGUCUGGAAGAGGGAAACUUUCCCGAUGCUCUGAAGAUUUGUCAUAUCAGACCUCUAAUUAAGAAGCCUUGCUUAGAUCGUGAAGAGUUUAAAAAUUACAGACCAGCAUCAAACUUGAAGUUCCUUGGAAAGACGAUUGAACGCCUUGUUUUCAGACGGUCAAUUUUGGGACCUGACGAUACACAGAUCUAUAUUUCCUUCAAACCUUCCGAGAAGGUUGAUGUAAAUGUAGAAUCUCUCAAAAAUUGUAUUUUUGAGUUGAAGUCCUGGAUGUCUGAAAACUUUCUGCAACUAAAUGAGGACAAGACUGAAUUCAUCAUCUUCGGUUCACCUCAACAAAAGAAGAAAUGCCAAGACCUCCAAUUCAACAUUGGAGCAUUUUCAAGAUUUUGCUCAUUACUUUUAAGACUCUAUAAGGGUCCUGGGUAUCUUUGUGAACUGCUUAUGUGGUACGUGCCAUCGCGAACUCUCCACUCUGGUACUGACAAACUUCUGCUUGUUGAGCCUCGGUCUACACGUUCAUGGGGUGAUCGAUCAUUUGUUGUUGCAGCUCCACGCCUUUGGAAUAAACUGCCAAUAAAUAUUUGCUCAUAUCAGUCUACUGCUUUGUUCGAAAAAGCUCUCAAGACGCAUCUGCUGUCGGCUGCUUUUUCCUAG